CGGUGGACAGCGACGUUUUCGCACUAAGCCAACGAUCUAUUACGGUAAACAGGACCGGAACUGGAAACUACGCUUGCAACAAGCUUUCGGGUCUCCUAGACGUCCAUGCAGUCUGGACAGCUCCAGAAUUUGCUAGUUUCUUUCAUCUCAUCGAGCAUGGCGCACCAGAAGUGGAACCAAUGGCUACAGCCGGGAUUGUCGCUGUCUAUCCAUCCUUCUUUAUCUUUCUUUUAAGUCUUGGUAGUACGAUUGACUGCGACUGCUACAAAAGGAGUCAUUCUCGUCGCUGCUCGAACCAUCCACUCCCAUGCAAACGUUGUCUUGGACUUCCCUGAUAGGAGGCGAGUCUCUUGACGUCGUAGCUUUCCUUUCUUGCCAUUUUCUGUACGUUUUUAACCUUCCGUUUUUCUAUAAAUCAAUCUGCAGUGAGAAUUUCACCUUCACGAGAUGGCAGCAGUCGUCUGUCUCUCGUGUUCUGUCCUUGUGUUGGAUAUGAGUUCUGUGCUGCAAAGAGAUGUGCAAAAAGUGGCGUAUCUUUCUCUGCGUGGAUGAAUGUUAAGGUUUAGAGUGCAACUUCCCAGACCCGCCCACUUUUGAUGACAAGUCGCUCGAUUCUAUCCGUUGCUCGUAGAGGUGAAUAAAGAAAUCUGCAUGGUACAGUAGAGUAAGGCAUAGGCCGUGCAACCAACGUACAACGGUGAUUGCUUGCGUUGUCUAUGUAACGCCGCACGAUUGUUAUGAUUUCGCAUUGGCAGGAUAGUCGAGGCUACUGUCUAAACAUACGGGAAAAAGUGAGAAAACGCAGCGUCAACUGGAAGAGCGUCCUGUCCCGAAAAGGUACGACACAGUGCUUGCUACUGCAACAAACCGCGUCGCGGUUGAUGACCAAUUCGUUCCGUGGUAAGAAGCGAAACUUCAGCUGUCCACCUCUAGGCGGUGUCCACGGUCGGGCGACGUUACCCUACCCGUCAUCAGUUUGCAUGACUGCAGCCUUGGUUUGAGUAGGUCGUCUGUUUGUCUCUAGAAUCAACGAAUCGAGGGAAUGUGCUAGUGCUGACAGCAAGACCUUGUCGAUCAUUGUCACUGCACUGUUUCUCUACUCUAGACGUACGAUUUUGUUGCAACAUCGACUUGUGAUCUCAUUUCCGUUUGAGCAUGUCGGAUGAAUAUGAGCGAUACGUUACUCGCAACAUCGUGGAACUUGUUGAAACGUUGCGUCCGUCGUUGCUAUUAGAACAUUCGGUCGCCAGUAAUCUUGUGACUAUGCAAGAAGCUCGCAAACUAAGACAAUGUUCUACAGAGCAAGACAGAGCGCGAAUGCUGCUCUACGAUAUCCUGCCAUACAAAGAAAACGCUGUCGAUCAAUUUUGCGAGGUGCUCAAACGAGCAGAUCAGUCGCAUAUCGCUAGAGACGUUAUGAAGAGAGGAGGCGUGGUUUGUACAGAUGAGUGUGCAAGUAAUCUGCAGACAGGACGGCAACACAUUAGAAGAGAAGUUAUGGGUAAAGAAGAUGUAGUGGAGAGUGCAAAGUGUAGCAUCAAAGUUGGUGUGAGUGGUCAGAAAGGGUCGAGUCAACGAUUUGUGUCAUCACCGUGCCGACCGUCUGGUAGUCGAUGUGAGAGUGAGAGGAAAGAGGGAACUGCAGCACGUGACUUAGAAGUUGUGAAAACUGCAGUGUGUAGUAGGAAAGUCAAUGCAAGCGUAUGUCGAUGGUCGGAAGAAGAAAGUGUGAGGUCGACAGAUUUCAGUCGUCAUGACGACUGCAAAGAGUCUGCAGCACUGGAUGUGUGUGGGGAGAGGAAGACUGAGUCACUCACAGAACAAGUAGAAAGUGAAGACGAAGAAGAAACGUUAUCAUGUCUAGAUGCAGAAGUGACAACAUUUUUGCGUGAUCCAGUGGAAACAUCAGGGGGAAGUGAAGAGCCACCAACCGUCAGUACCGAUGUAACUAGUGAGGCUGCUGGUGUGUGUGCACAUGCAUCAUCUUCACUCGCAUCAGAAGACGAGUCGUGGCCUGCCAUUCGAAGGAAUCAUGAUUUCCUUUUCCGACGUCUUCGUUUCAGUCAGGAAUUUCUUCGUCGUCUCUAUGAGCAACGUUUCAUAUCAAACGAUGAGUUUGGGUCUCUUCGUCGCAGCUCUCUCACUCAGGAAGCAUAUAAACAUCAUCUUCUCGUUGAUAUUCUUCCCAGCAAGCCAAUGAGUAUGUUUCCAGCAUUCUGUAACAUUCUUCACAGUGUGGGUCAAUCAGAUGUUGCCGUAAAGCUGGAGGAGAAUGUUGUACAUGACAAUCGUUUGUUACAAGAGACUAGACAUCAACGAAAUAGAAGUUUAUCAGUGAAAGUGGAGACAUUGACAGCUCAAGUUGCUCGACUAGAAAGAGAGAAAACAGCAGCGUGUAAGCAAACUGAAGAAGAAAGGAAACGAAGUCAUGCAGAAAAGUUACGUGCUGAUGCUGGAGAUUGGACAAAUUUGGCUUUUCGUUGUGACAAAGCACAAGAUGUUAAGAGGAUGAAGAUCAAUGACAGUCUGCCAUCAUGGACACAGUGGAAUGUACACAUGCCUCAUUACAGGUUGUCAUAUAAUAGAAUGGGAGAGAUUGAAGGCAGACUAGUGGUAGGAGGUUAUGAUGGUAAUCUGCAUGUUCUCACUUAUGAACAUGAUAAGUGGGACAAGUUUGUCAGAAAGAAUGGUGACAUCAUGAAUGUAGUGUGUCAUCAAGGUGUGUGUCUGGUGUGUGUGGAGGAUGGAGAUAAAGAUCAGUUAGUGAUUGAACAAUUUUAUUUGAAUGAAGACAAGAAAUGGCGUUUCCUCACAGUUCUACCAAAUGAACUGCAGUUGGAUGGUAUAUCUGUUGCUCUUCAUGACAACUCACUGUAUGUGGUGGGUGGUGUGACUAAGUCAGAGGAGGCAGUGAACACAGCACGUGUGUGUGACCUUCACAGCGGUCAUUGGUAUAAGAUGGAUGACAUGCAAACAAAACGUAGUUUUUGUUCUUCUGUUAUUAUAAACAACACAGUGUUUGUAGGGGGAGGAGUGACUGAUGGAGAUUACUCUAGUAAUAUUGUUGAGUGUGCAGAUGUUCGUGAUAGAAAAUGGAGAACAAUCCCCUCUACAACCACAUAUAGACCUACACUAACGUCAGUCAGUAACAGACUGGUGGGGACUGGAGGAAUGACACAACAGGGGUAUUCUUCUUAUUCUAAUAUUGUAGAAUUAUAUGAUGAGAGAUCUACCAAAUGGCUUCCUCUUCCACUCAUGACACACAAACGGAUCUUCCAUGCUGCAUUCUCAACUCAGAAUGGAGAACUCAUCACAGCAGGAGGGUUGGGUGGCUAUUCAAUAGAAAGUCUUAAGUGUGACUAAUAUUUGCAUUUUCUUUCAAUUUGUGUGUAUUUGUUAUAUUAUAAUCUCUAGUGUUUGUAUAAAGACAAUUUGGUGUGAAAUUUAGUGUGUGUAACAUAAACUAGAUCGUGAACGUUGUUUUCUUAAUUAGUAGUCACGUGAUUUGCAUUUUGAACGAGCAGUGGUGAAGUGGAAAAAGGAAUGCAAGCGUUGAA